AUGGGAAACACCUUCAGUUGUUACAAGGCCAACAAACAAAAUACGUCCAAGACGGCAGUGAACGAUGGAAAUGAUCGCCGUGAGGUUUUCGACGUGAACAGUGAGGCCGAAGUUGACGCACCGACUCAACCUCAAGUCAACGAAAAGUACCCAUUCAGCCAAGAUAACCUGGGGCCAUCUAAGUAG